AUGUUCUCCGUCAACUAUGACUUCCCGAACAACUGCGAGGACUACGUCCACCGAAUUGGACGAACAGGACGUGCUGGCAUGAAGGGUGUCUCUUAUACCUAUUUCACCACUGACAAUGCCAAGCUUGCCCGCGAGCUCGUUGGGAUCCUGCGUGAGGCCAAGGCACCUGUUCCUCCUCAAUUGGAAGAGAUGGCUGCCUACAGCGGCGGUGGUGGCCGAAGUCGAUAUGGUGGCGGACGUGGACGAGGCGGGGGUGGUGGUUAUCGUGGCGGAGGUGGUGGCUACGGUGGCUACGGUGGUGGAGGAUCUCGUGGCUACGGUGGUGGUGGAGGUGGCUAUGGCGGGGUUGUUAGAAUGGCAUGCUCAUUCGGGUUUUGUGCAUUGACGACCAUGAGUGAUUCUGUGGAAAGAGAGAGCUACUUGAUCGGGGGUAUCGAGGUGGAGGUUUUUCGGGCGGGAACGGCUCGGUCGGGGGCGAUAUCGGUACUGUUCCUGUUGCACGGGAGGGGAGGAUUCAAGGGGGUGCUGGACACACUCGCUCGGGAUCUGGUACUCAAAGGGUCUGAUGAUGGCAGGCUCUUCGUGGUUACUCUGGAUCAUCGGAACCACGGUAAACGACUGUUGGAUGAAAAGGUCAACAACGACUGGAGCGAAAUUCCAAGCAACCCUCGACAUGCGAUCGACAUGUUUACGAUCCAAGUGGGAACGGCAAAGGACGUGUCUUUCUUGAUAGACUUUUUGCCGUCGUACCUGUCCCCGGAUGGAGCGCUCACGGUUGAGAAAUGGGGUGUAGCUGGUAUCAGCCUGGGUGGACAUUCGACAUGGAUUUCCCUGGCUCGCGAGAAAAGAGUGCAAGUUGGAAUCCCAAUAAUCGGAUGUCCGGACUACCUUGCCUUGAUGCGACACCGCACGGCGAACAACGGGAUCCCAUUCGCACCACCCUACUUUCCCCCGUCGCUUCUCAAAGCUAUUGAAGAGUACGACCCGGCCACCAGUUCAAAAGCCAAAGAAGGAAAUCCUUUCAUUGGGAAGAAGAUACUUGUUAUCUCGGGUGGGGAUGACAAGCUCGUUCCGUGGGCUGCCAGCCAGGAAUUUGUGGAUAGUGUUGAAGUUGGAGAAAGCGGGAUUAAAAAGGUUGUAGUGUAUGAAGGAGUUGGGCACCAGUGCACGGAGGAGAUGGAGGGGGAGCUAUGCGCGUUUGUAAAAUCAGUAUUAGCGUGA